UGUCAAUUGCCGGAAAAUUUAUUUCACGGAAAAAAUUUUAGCAUUAAAAAACAAAUGAUUUUGUUAAUGAAGUUCCUGAUCUUUAAUGCUAAAAUGUGAUCGUGUUAUCUUUCCGUGAAUUAACACGUUACCAGGUGAUAAACAAAUUAAUUCAACUGUUUUUCAUCUUUCUUUGUUUCUCAUCAUCAGGCAAUUGUUUUAUAUUCAAUACUUUUAUUAGUCUUCUGGUAGCAAAACGAGUUACAUUUCACUUUUUGGUAAUUCUGAUUCGUCACAAAAUGCCUCGACUAUAUAAUUUCCAUGGACAUCAUUAUAUGAAAUAUAGUUUAAUCAGAAAUGUGAUAUACUUAAAAUGUAUUUUUCAUAAGAAAAAAAAUUGUGGUGGACGUGGAAAAUUGGAUGUAGAUGGUACAUUUGCAAUGACAAGGGAACAUAGUCACACGACUGAUGCGUCACUUUUAUAUGAAGAAAACACCUCCUUCAAGACGACAUUAAAGACGUCAGCGACGACACAACCUGGACCGCUGAUUGAUAUUUAUAACUCGACAGCAGAUUUCCACCAAAGUGCAAGUCAACGAUUGCCAUUUGCUCAGUUGAAAACCUCACUGAUAAACGCGAGAAAAAACAAUAUUCCACCAUCAUUUAUAUUAACAGAAUCUCUUGAAGAUCUCAGAGAUACUUUGAAUUCAAAUGCCUAGAGUCAUCUGAGAAGAUAUGUUGAUGGCACCCUGGAACUCGAGAUGACUACCGACAACAUGUCACUAAUAAUUUUAGAUGUGGCUUUCACUAGAUCUGUAAUGGCUAAAAAUUUUUUUUUAUUAAUGAAGUAAAGCAGCACUUCCCAUCUAAUAUUGGAUGCCAACAAUUGGUGACAAUAAUGGCUGUUUAUGGCGACAAAAACUUUGUGCUCCCCAUUAUAUGGGUCCUGAUGACAAACAACACAUUGGAGUCGUACAAUAAUGUAUUUUUAAAAUUGAGAGAGAUAAUGCCCGAAAUGCUGAUGGAGACAGUGAUUACUCUAUUCAACCAAAUCAUGGAGGCUGCUCUUGAAUUUGUCUUUCCAGAAGCGGAUGUUCAUGGAAGUUUUUAUUGCUAUGAAGAGGUUAGAAUAAAAAGAUAAAGAAUAAUAAAUGGAUUAUUAGACCGAAAAAAAAUCCUCC